ACAUGUCCAGAUUCUGGCAUUUUAUUUCUGUGCUGCUUGACAGUAAAUCACUGGCAGACUUCUGACACCCAGCAUGAUUCUCACGACAUCACAUGCUGCCUUCUGAGUCCUACAGCCUCAGGAAUGAAUCCACAGCCUCAGCAGUGGGUCUGUGUGACACGCUGCUAUUUGCAUCCAUCCUGCACAGACACUGGGAGUCAUUCUUCUGUCAGGAACAAGGGUGGGAGUCUGUGGAGGGAGACGUCCAGCCCUCCGGCCCUCACACUUCUCAUCUCUGGCCCAGGAGGCACCAGGCGGGCUUCCACUGAUUCCCGAUCAGUGAUUGGAUCAUCGAUCAUCAGCUCCGGUUGGGCCUGACAGACGUUAAGACAUCUCUCAGUUGCAGCUUGCUCUUGUGCCGACCACAGUUUCCUCUCUCGUCAACGGAAGACAGUCGAAGCAGCAGGUGCAUGCAAACCAGCAGCCGUGACAAGACGAGACUCUGAGCGCCAAACAACACUGCGAUGGGAGCUGUUCACUGAGGCCGAGCCGGGGGAACCGAAGAGUCCCGAGGAACCAGAGGAGCUUCCAGACCACGACGCGGAGAACAACCGGGAAUAUCACACGUCUGAAUGGAGGAUUUGUUCCUCUGAUGACAGGAGAAGAGCUGUGAUACUGUUUGGCUGUUUGUCUUUUUUUAUUUAUUUUUUUGGCACACAUGAACUGCUUCCAGAGAGCAGUCCAGCUUGGAUUUGCCUAAAUAUCAGUUUUCCGCUCCGUUUUUGGGAUCUGGCAUUUGACAGGAGGUGAUUAACUUUGUUUACUCUCAGACAAUGGACUUGUCUUUGCUCCCAACUUCAGACUACGACAAGCAGAGGACGGCGACCAGAUUCACCGUCCGCUCGGCCAACUCCCCCUUGUACAGCCUCUCCCGCAGGCCGGGGGUGAGGAAGAGGGAGGAAGCCGGAGAAAGACAGGCAAAUGGCACGAACAAGGAGGAGGAAUCUGGUUAUCAAGCCAGGACGAGGAGUCGUGUCCAAGGUCAGAGCGAGGAGAAGGAAACCGGGCCGAACCAGACCGGCACAGCAGACAAAACAAUCCCAGAGUCUGACACGGAAGUUGCAUCUGAAAGCCGGGGAAGGACGGAGUGGAGGACGAGCAACCUGCCCAGUAGAAGUAAGAGUUUAGACUGGAGAGUGGGGCAACAAAGUCCUGAUCGGGCCACCAAAAGGGUCAGCAAACUGGCUGCAGGUUUGGAGGAAGCAAAAGGAGUUAAAGGUGACGCGAUUGGCAGAGUUACAUCUUACAAUCCUGCAGGUGCAAGCAGCAUUCGAGACUGGAACCAACCUACUUUAGACCGGACCAGUAGGGGUUACACUCUACCUUCUAGGUUGCGAAUCACAGAAACUUCUUCUUCACUGGGGCCCAAAGCAGGUCAAAGUAUCCUAGAACGGAUAGAGAAGCUGUACGGGUCGGCCGGUUUCGGCAAAGACGCCCCUAUCCCUGAAACAGUCGGAGGAACCUUCCCCAGGCGUUUCUCGGCAGGGGAUAGUUGCAAAAGUCCUGUACAAAAGGUGUGGCCGCAAAAAGACACGACAAGCUCAGAGGCAUCGCUCUCUCCUGGGAGAAGCUCAACAAGAGAGAGAUCACCGGGGAGGCAGUGGCAGGGGCAGAUCCUGAGCAGGCAUCCAGAGGAAGGUGAAGGUAACUUGGGGGGGAGGUUAGUGGAAUCGGGCACUAAGUCCCUGGAUAGAGGCAGGAGUAGAUGGACUGUGGCGGCUAGGAUUAGAGCCACCAGGGCUACAGGAGGGAUUAAUACACUGUCAGACGUUUUCUUAGAAGAGGCUUCCAUUGGCGAUUCAGGCAAAGGUGGGAGCAGGACAAAGCUCAGGGAGGAACAGGGUGAAACUGGAGGAAUAAAUGGAAGAGUCAAAGAGCAGGAGAAAGUGACACAUGAUGCAGCGAAAGAAGGACAUGAUCUGAAAGCUGCUGACGAGGAUGUGUUUGAGACGACUAAAACCGCACUGAAAGCAGCAGAAAGGAAAAAGUUUCCUGAGAAGUUGACCUCUGCAGCCAGCGUGAGGAAUAAGAUCAACCAGUUCGAGGCUCUGACGCAAAGGAUUGCGAGCCAAGUUGUGGCGCCCAGACGGACAUUUUCGGUGCCAACGCAACUCGGCGGACGCCACGACGGAGUGAAGAAGAGCGGCUCGGCGAAAGAAAUAAGCAGGCUGAGAGACGGAGGAGAGGUGUGUGAUAAAACCGAGGAGAAAGCGUUAGGAGCAGGCAGGAAGCUCGGCUCAGAAAGGUCUUUAUCCGCCGACGAGGUUGGACUAAGAGUAGCGAAAUCGGAGAGUGAUUCUGAUGAUUUUGGAAAGUAUUCCAGACUCAAGAAUACGCUAGAAAUCCCUCUGAAUGGCGGCGCUGAGAGACGAAAGUUUUACCUCGAUGAGACAGAUUUCAUUAAAGUUUCGAGCCCUGAGGAGACAACCGAGAGAGAUGCCAACAACGCAGCAACUCUGAAAACAACUAUAAUCGCCUCACCAGUUAGUGACGACGACAAGACGCCAACAAACACCCCAGAACUCUCUCCCUUCAUUUCACCGGUUGAAGAUGCCACUCCCACCGCAGACAAAAACGAAAACAAAAGCACUUUAGGCUCCACACAAGAAGCCAAAACUCCAGAUCUGGACUCUUCACCUCUUCCUCGUCCUGUGGCCACCUCCUCCCACAGCAACCUCCCCGAUCUCGUCUCUCCAGAUGUCAGAACAUCUUAUCCGAAAGGGAAGAAGCAAGUGUUGGACCUGAAUGCUUGGGUGGCCGGCUUGAAGCCAGAGUUUAGAGGCUCGAAUGAUGACGAGGAUGAUGAUUACGAAGACGACGACGAUGAAAGCACACAGAAGGAUGACGAUUCAAACUAUGACUCGGACUCUGGAGAAUCCUCGGUGACCGUCACCAGUAACAUGAGCCAAUCAGAUCGCAGGAGCUUCUGUGUCAGUCUGUCAGAUUUGUGUAACUUUGCUGGAGCCGACUAUGAAUCGGAGAAUGACAGUGAUGAGUGGCAGUCGAUGGGCCGGCGUUCCGCCUCGCUGAGUUCGGACGUUUCCGCUCUGUCCUGUGUUUCUGUGAUGCCUGCUGAAGAGCUUGACAAGCUGCUGGAGGAUGUCAGGAGUCUUGGAGACAACACGCUGCAGGACUAUGAUGAUGUGCAGGUGGUGGUUCUCCAUAAGGAGGUUGGAGUCGGAUUGGGCUUCAGCAUGGCCGGAGGCGUGGACCAGAACAAACCCAUCACUGUUCACAAGGUGUUCCACUCCGGUGUGGCGGCCCAGGAGGGAUCCAUAAGGGAAGGGGACCAUGUCUUAUCCAUCAACGGCACUGCGCUGAGCGGCAACGCCCACUGGGAGGCGCUGAGGGUCCUGCGGCGGGCCAAGACUCGAGACAUGGCCGUGGUGGUCCUGAGGAGGGGGGGCGUCAUCGAAGCCUCCAAGAAGGAAGUUCAGGGAAACAAUCAGGGACGGACGCAGACGCAGACAGGUCAGUUGGUGUGCUUGCAGCUGCAGAAGAACAGCAGAGAUCUGGGCUUCAGCCUGCAGGGAGGAGAAGGAUCCAAUCUGGGGAACCGACCGCUCACCGUCCAGAAGAUCUUCCAGGGAGGCCCCGUCGACCAGGUCUGUCCUGGAGAUGAAGUCCUGGAGAUCGGAGGCGUGAGCAUGUUGGGGAUGAGGCGCCUGGAGGCCUGGACUCUGAUCAGACGACUUCCUGCCGGACCGGUGGACGUGGUGCUGCGUCGGCCUCCCAAACAUCUGGACGCAUGAGGGAGGAGUUUUAACAGGGAAACGGAACCCCUGCUUCUGAGAACUUGAACUAAAUUAGUGCCUAAUGUCAUUCAAACUGUAGUCAUCGUAAAAACGCCAGGUCACAGGUGUAUAUUUUUGUUUUUUUGUUUUUUUAUCUCACAGGAUUACAUCUACCUCAAGGCCUGGCAGAUUUCUCUCUCAGCCAUAAUCAAAGUGCACUGACGGCUUUUAUGGAGUCAGCCAACAUUUAAAAUACAUGAGAAGCACGUGUUGUAAUAUAUUGUGAAUAACUGAGUUUCUAUUGCUUUUUAAUAAACGCUAACGAAGCU